UUAAUACUUCUUACCAAUUCGUUUUCACGCCUUGCAGUUCGGACUUAGCGUCAACAUACGUUCUUACAGAAGAACGUAAUAUAGUAAAAUAUAAAGUUUAUUAAUUAUAUCAGCUUGAAAUUUGUACUGUAAUAUAAAUAAUGAAGAUCCACUACACUCAUCUGCUUAUGAAAGCCCAUUUUUUCUUUUUCCUGGGAAGUGUAGGCCCUACCGUACCAUUUCUACAAGUUUACGGAAAACAACUCGGUAUUUCACCAUCACUUAUUGGUAGCAUCGAUGCGACUUUUUCUAUUUUGCUUCUAAUUACGAGACCAACAUUUGGCUUUCUCAUGGACUAUUUUGAAGCAUGGAGAAAAUGCAUUUAUCUGUCAUUGUUUAUCGUAGCAAACAGUUGUUUCGUUAUGCUGUUUCUGUUACCCCCACUACCAGGUGUGAUGCCAGCAAAAUAUCAUUUUCACAACAUGUCUUGUGUAGCAUUACCACAUUGCGAUAUGGAAUCUCAUGCAUCGGCAAUUCAAUCGUGUAACGGCACAAAAGACACAACGUGUCAUUGGACAUGUGAGAAUAAUAAUUUUUCCAUGCAAUUGUCUUUUCAUGGAGAUCAAAAGAAAGCGAUUAUCUCACCAGACACUACGUGCUUAUUAAAUAUCAAUCAGACAUCAACGUGUCAAGGAAAUGUAACAAAUUAUAAUUGUAAUGUUUCUUGCGACAAUUUCAACGACAAUCAAUGUCUAUAUACAUCUUUCACAUUUUGGAGUUUUGCCGUGUUGAUGUGUUUGGGAGAAUGUGCAAUUUAUGUUUUCACUAGCUUAAGCACUGCGAUUUGUUUCGUCACAUUUGGAGAAGGUAAACGGUUAAAUUUCGGUAAAGUACGACUUUGGAGUACAUUCGGUUUCGGUAUUACAGCAUGUUUAACUGGAUAUAUGAUAGACUUGUGGUCACAGGGGGAAGCCUACAAAAUUUAUACACCAUCAUUAUUUUUUUCGAUUAUAUUUGCUAGUAUCGAUAUAAUCUGUUGUAUAAAAUUAAAGUUGCCAUUUGAAUCAACGUCGACAACCAUACUGAAGGAUGUAUUUACUCUCCUGAAAUCAAAAUCUAUCAUUGUAUCUUUGUGUUUCGUUACAUUUGUCGGCUGCCUUAAUAGCAUCCUGAGUAUUUUUUUAUUUUGGUACCUAGAAGAUCUCGCUAUUGAAACUGGUUACAUGAGCAAUAUUAAAUUGAUAGAAGGUUUAAUUGUAGCGAUGCAGACUUUUGGUAGCGAAAUACUAUUUUUCUUUAUAUCUGGCAAAAUAUUGCAAAAACUUGGAUAUAGUUAUACUAUCAUAUUUUCUUUGAUAUGCUACGCACUUCGGCUGGGAUUAAUAACUUUAGCGCCGACGCCUUGGUGGGUAUUUGGGAUAGAAUUUUUACAGGGACCGUCAUAUGCGCUCUGUUACGCAACAAUAAUGCUCUACGCAAACGUAGUGUCACCAUCCGGUGCUGCAGCUACUGUUCAAGGACUGGUUUCCGGUUUACUGGAUGGUUUCGGAUUAUCAAUUGGCAGUUUGGUAGGGGGUUUCCUAUAUAAAACAUUUGGCGGUAUAAUAACUCUAAGAAUAUUUUCAGUACUUGCAGCACUUGCAGCAUUAAUAUAUUUUAUUCUUUACACUUUCUAUUUAAAACAUAAAACAACAGACACACGAAGUAAUGUUAAGUGGGGAAAACCGGACGAAGCACAGGAACACUGUGUUACAGCCACUGAUCUCAAUAUAACACUGGAUAGUGAAUGCUGUGGAAAAAGUAUGUUACGAUUUGAAGACCCCGACAGCCAUCUUUGAUACAGUAAAAUAUGCAUGUUUAGGCGGUAAAUUUAAAUAGUAGUAAUAAUAUAAAUACUGAUUUGAAUGAUUUUUAUAGCUAAAAUAUAUAAAUUAUAAUACUAUACAUAUUAUAGGGGAGUAUUAUUAUUUAUACUGAAAAGUAAUUUUUAUUUAUUGUACAAUACAUUAACUUAAAUUGAAACCCAAAUUAAACAUAUUGCAGUACAUUUGCAUAUACAAGUUCAUUUUAUAAGUAAAAUAUAUAAAUAGUAAAAAUAUGCAUAAAAUAUAAAAUCACAUAAAAGUAAAUGGAAAACAUAAAAAAAUGUACAAAACACGUAUUAUGAAGAAAAACAUGAAUGAUGAUAGUUUAUUUCAUAAUUCAUUAUCAUAAGAUAUAUAUGAAUACAAUUAUGGUUAUAAACUGAUAAACGUUCUGAGUGUAAAUGGAAAUAUGGAAUAUAGCAAACAAAAAUAAUAAAUAAUAAUGU